CCCGGACCGGGCGGGGGUGCGAGCACGCGAUGCACCCGUGUCCCCCGCACUCGGGCCGCGCCGGGCUCGCGUCUCCCGCCCCGCGGCCCCGCCCCUUGCCCCACCCCAGCCGGGAGACUUAGCUGGGGCCGCAGCGCGGCGGCAACAUCACUCUCGCCGCCGCUGCUCCGCCCCAUCCCCUUCUGUUUUUCUCUCAUUCUCCGGUGGUGGCGGCGGAGAAGGCGGAGGCAGAGGCAGCAGCAGCCGCGCUGGCUGCAAUGAAUGAUCCCCCAUCUGUGGGCGAGGACUCCAGGUGAGCCUCUGCCGUCGGGAGGGCCGGGACCCCGGCCGCCCAGGACCGGCAGCCCCACGUAUGGAUCCCUAGAGGAAGGAGCAGGAGGAGGAGAAGACAGCUCUGCCGCCCACCCCCAUCCCAUUUUCCUCUUCCUUUAUCUCAUUGUUGCCGAAGCUGUUUACGGCAGCGCUCCCUCUGCCCCAACAUGGGGCGGGCUCCGGGCACUGCCAUUCGGUGGGCGCUGCUCCUGCGGCUGCCCGGGGAUUCUCUCUAAGGCCACCUCCCCAGCCGGUGCAGCGAGGACCGGAGAGUGCUGGAGGCCCGGACUGCAGCAGCGGCGGGGCCACCUCCCAGCAUCCCCACCCCAGGAGGCUGCAUGCGGAUUGAAGAGCGGAGCCUGGGGGCUGGGCCGGCCCCGCUGAUUCCGACCUAGGGAGCAGCUCAGCAGGACCGCCAAGCUGUGGAAGGGGUGGGGGGCAGGAAGGACAGAGCAGCAAGAUGGCCAGUAAGACCAAGGCCAGCGAGGCACUGAAGGUGGUGGCCCGAUGCCGCCCCCUCAACAAGAAAGAGGAGGCUGCUGGUCACGAGCAGAUCCUGACCAUGGACGUGAAACUGGGCCAGGUGACCCUGCGGAACCCCCGCGCUGCCCCCGGGGAGCUACCCAAGACCUUCACCUUUGACGCCGUCUAUGAUGCCAGUUCCAAGCAAGCAGACCUGUAUGAUGAAACCGUGAGGCCCCUGAUAGACUCCGUGCUUCAGGGUUUCAAUGGCACAGUGUUUGCCUAUGGCCAGACAGGCACUGGCAAGACCUACACCAUGCAGGGGACCUGGGUGGAGCCGGAGCUGCGCGGGGUCAUCCCCAACGCCUUUGAGCACAUCUUCACCCACAUCUCCCGCUCUCAGAACCAGCAGUACCUGGUCCGGGCCUCCUACUUGGAGAUCUAUCAGGAGGAGAUUCGAGACCUGCUCUCCAAGGAACCUGGCAAAAGGCUAGAGCUGAAGGAGAACCCCGAAACAGGUGUCUACAUCAAGGACCUCUCCUCCUUCGUCACCAAGAAUGUCAAGGAGAUCGAGCAUGUGAUGAACCUGGGGAACCAGGCUCGGGCCGUGGGCAGCACCCACAUGAACGAGGUCAGCUCCCGCUCCCAUGCCAUAUUUGUCAUCACCGUGGAGUGCAGCGAGCAUGGCUCUGAUGGCCAGGACCACAUCCGUGUGGGCAAGCUCAACCUGGUGGACCUGGCUGGCAGCGAGCGGCAGAACAAGGCAGGCCCCAACACAGCUGGAGGGACAGCCACACAGCCCACAGGUGGUGGCAGCGGUGGAGGCGGUGGCGGAGGUGGUGGAGAGAGGCCUAAGGAAGCCUCCAAAAUCAACCUCUCGCUGUCUGCCCUGGGCAACGUCAUUGCUGCUCUGGCGGGCAACAGGAGCACCCACAUCCCCUACCGGGACUCCAAGCUGACCCGGCUGCUCCAGGACUCUCUGGGGGGGAACGCCAAGACCAUCAUGGUGGCUACCCUGGGGCCAGCUUCCCACAGCUACGACGAGAGCCUCUCCACCCUGCGCUUUGCCAACCGAGCCAAGAAUAUCAAGAACAAGCCCCGGGUGAACGAGGACCCCAAGGACACACUGCUGCGGGAAUUCCAAGAGGAGAUCGCCCGCCUGAAGGCCCAGCUGGAGAAGAGGGGGAUGCUGGAGAAGCGGCCCCGGAGGAAGAGCAGCCGCAGGAAGAAGGCCGUAUCAGCCCCGGCAGGGUACCCCGAGGGGCCAGUGAUCGAGGCCUGGGUGGCCGAAGAGGAAGAUGACAACAACAACAACCACCGCCCGCCUCAGCCCGUCCUGGAGUCAGCCUUGGAGAAGAACAUGGAGAAUUACCUGCAGGAGCAGAAGGAGCGGCUGGAGGAGGAGAAGGCGGCCAUCCAGGACGACCGCAGCCUAGUGAGCGAGGAGAAGCAGAAGCUGCUGGAGGAGAAGGAGAAGAUGCUGGAGGACCUGCGGCGGGAGCAGCAGGCCACGGAGCUGCUCGCGGCCAAGUACAAGGCCAUGGAGAGCAAGCUGCUCAUUGGGGGCAGGAACAUCAUGGAUCAUACCAACGAGCAGCAGAAGAUGUUGGAACUGAAGAGACAGGAGAUUGCCGAGCAGAAACGCCGUGAGCGGGAAAUGCAGCAGGAGAUGAUGCUCCGAGAUGAGGAGACCAUGGAGCUCCGGGGCACCUACACAUCCCUGCAGCAGGAAGUGGAGGUCAAAACCAAGAAACUCAAGAAGCUCUAUGCCAAGCUGCAGGCGGUGAAGGCGGAGAUCCAGGACCAACACGACGAGUACAUCCGCGUGCGGCAGGACCUGGAGGAGGCGCAAAACGAGCAGACCCGGGAGCUCAAGCUCAAGUACCUAAUCAUCGAGAACUUCAUCCCCCCUGAGGAGAAGAACAAGAUCAUGAACCGACUUUUCCUGGACUGUGAGGAGGAGCAGUGGAAGUUCCAGCCACUGGUGACAGCUGGAGUCAGUAACAGCCAGAUGAAGAAGCGGCCAACGUCUGCAGUGGGCUACAAGAGGCCUAUCAGCCAGUAUGCUCGGGUUGCCAUGGCAAUGGGGUCCCACCCCAGGUACAGGGCUGAAAACAUAAUGUUUUUGGAGUUGGACGUGUCCCCUCCAGCUGUCUUUGAGAUGGAAUUCUCUCAUGACCAAGAACAAGACCCUCGUGCACUACACAUGGAGAGGCUCAUGCGGUUGGACAGUUUUCUGGAAAGACCUUCCACGUCUAAAGUCCGCAAGUCCAGAUCCUGGUGCCAGAGUCCUCAGCGGCCUCCACCCUCCAUCACCCAUGCCUCGCUGGCCUCCACUUCUCUGCGCCCCACGACAGUGGUGGACCAUGAGUGACAACCUUCGCGGCCGGGCUGCCCAUCCGAGAGACUCCUGGGAUGGGGCAGCCAACCCUGGCUCAUCUCAUCUGCGCUUGGAGCGUGUGCGUGAGUGUGCAUGUGCGUAUGUGUGGAGGGGUGAGAAUCUGGCAGAUGGUGCCUCUGCCUGCUCUUCUCCUCCUUUAUUUAAUUCAUGUUAUUUAUUCGCGGAGCUCAGUUAGUGGGGGGGAGGUGCCCUCGCCUGAGCUGUCUGGGCCUGCCGUGGUCACUGCGUAGCCUCCUUUUCUUCUGACUGUAGACCCGCCUGUAUCAGCUGCCUCCAGAAGGGAAGGUGGCCAGUGCCUGAGAAGAGCUACUUUUUCUACCCAUCUCACUCCAUCAUCUCCAUUUCCUCCUACACUGAGCAGCCCCUAUGCACUUUCUGGGAUUAGAAAACUGCUGGGUGUCCACUGAGGACAAGAGACAUCCUAACAGUGGUGGGCCCAUGCUCCCAGGGGACAGAGCCCCACUCUUCACCUUCUGGGACUCAGACAUCUUUCAGCCUCUCAGCCUCCUUUUCAAGGACUGAAAUGACCUCACCGACACAGCUCAUGCUCUUCGGCUUCCCCAACUCUGCUUCCUGCCCACCUUCCCAGCCCUUGGAUGGGAAUUGCAAACCAGCCCAUUGCUGCCACCUCAGGACCUGCAGGAAAUGGAACAGGAAUUGAGACAACUUGGACAGUCGUCAAAGGAAGUCCCUGCUCUGGGUCCCUUUGUUUCUAUCCCCUCUGAGAAGUAACUGUGGUCAACAAGCAUCGAGCCAAUUCCCCAUUUUCGAGAUGCUGCUUCUUCCUGCUUUGAUCAUUUUUCCCUGCAGCUGCCCAGAUCCCAGCUCAUAGUGGGAGGAAUCGAUGUCAUUCUACCCCUGGCUAAAGGAAUGUAUCAACAUCUUGCUUUUACCUUUCAUUGAGCACAUGAAACAGAGACCCAGGCACAGUCUUUUCCAGCUUCGCCCAUUGCCCCUAUUUGUGAAAUGCAUCUUUGGGGUACUAUUUUGUUGAAAACUGACCCUUUCUUCACAAGCAUGGGGGUGCUCAUCAUCUUCUUUUGUGACAGCCCAAAAAUGCUUCCAGGUAUCCCAGGCGACAAGGAAAUUUCCACCCAAAAAAAAAGGUUAAUUUUCAUUGACUUACUUUUUAAGUGUGUAUUUUGGUAAAGAGUGAAGAAGUAAUGAAGAAAGCAAAUAAGUGAGUUAGGAUUUGAAAAUACCCUGAUAAUGGGAGUCUCCAGUUCCUAGAAUAGGAGGAGUUCCAUCACUGGGGUAAGGGCAUGAGACUGGCAGAUGUGCCUAAAAAUUUGGUGUGUGACUAAGGUCAAGGGUUCAGAUCCCCAAACGGGCCACCCACCAAAAAAAAAAAAAUUGGUGUGAGGUUAUUCUCUUUCCUUUGGGAAAUGAACCUUCUUGCACUGUUCGAGUUCUGCUCUGAGGAUCAAGCGUUGCUUUGGUUUAACUCAGUGAUGCUGUCAUUUUUGCUGUAAUUACCGGACUAGCUGGUUGAACCAUUCAAUUGCCAUUUGCUCCUUUCCGUAAAGGAAAUCACAAUAUUCAUCAGAGCCCAGGAGAUUUUUUUGACUCAGGAUUCAGAUCAGAGGUUCGGCUGUGGCUGGGACAGAAGUUGUGUGUAGAAAUCCCCCAGGCCUGGGCACAAGGGGACCUCCAGGGCUGUGUUGAGCAGCCUCUCCCAUUGACCUGUUUCUUGUUUGUGGAUGAAGCAGCACAUGUCACCCCAUUCGUCACUUGGACACGUCGACUCUACAUUGUCUGAUCACUUGUCCCUCACAGUCUUAGAGCACAAUAUCCCCCAACUUCACCACCCCCAGUCUGAGGGCUGGGCCCAAGGUAUGGUCGGAGGAGGAGCUCCUGCCUGCAGUUUCGUGUAUGUGUGUAUGUGUGUGUGUGUGUGUGUGUGUUUAUCUCCACAGGGGACACUCUACACUCAGCAUAAGACAUGCUGGGAACAGGGCCACCAGGGGUGGCUGGAUCUCAGUCUCUGUGUCUCUCUCUCCUUUACCUUUUGAUGUAUCAAACAUUUGAUUGACAUGGUAAGGGCCCUGAUUAGGACCAAAUUUCGAUGUCUGUUGCUAUGGUCUUUAUUUAGGACAACAGUUAACAAUGCAGUGGCCCAUUCUUGUCACUCUAUACAUAUGACUGUAUGGGACAUAUGUAAUAUAUAAAAAUAUAUAUAUAAAACAUUAUCCUCUGUCCCCUUGGCUUAGGAUGGAGGCCUCUCUGUUGAGCUGAAAUGCACCUGCAGCUCGGUGCUGCCAGCAGCCUGCAGGCCCCAGCCCUGUUCAAAUUAACACCGUCGACAAUAAAG